GGUGUUCACAUACAUAGCACUGCACAUACUCUACACAUACGUUAAGUUAAAGUAUAAACUUUUGUUCAAAACUUUUUCAAAAAAAAAUUCAAUUCAAUUGAAAACAACUUUUUAUUGAAGUUUAAACAGUAAUACUUGUUGUUACACAAAGUUUUAAUUCACAACAUUUUAACAUCGGUGCUUCACAAGGAAAGCAUAUAUUUUGUUUGAAAAACAUUCAUUAAAAUUGUUGGUUGAAGUUUAAUCAGUGAAUCGGAUCCUUUAUAUUAUAUCAUUAUAAAGCAUCAAAACGAUAAAUAAUCACCAAAAAAAUCAAUUAACAAUGGCAUCGGAAACCAAAAGUAGUAGUAAAAGUGGAUCUAAAUGCAAUCUGAAUGAGUCAUCUGUUCCUCUAUUAGAAGAUACAGAGACAACAACAACACCGGAGAAGAUUGAAUUGGAGACCAAAAACGUCGACAAUAACGACGAGAAGAAAGAGGUCAACGAAACUAAAGACAAAAAAGAAAAGAAAAAGAAGGAGAAGAAGGAGAAAGUGGUUAAAGAGACAACUAAGCGAUCGAUUGACUUAUGCACACAAAACUUCACAAUUGGACUCAAUGUCUUGGAUAGAGACGAAAAACACGUCAAUCAACAUAUUAAUAUCACUUUUGAGGAUGUAUUGGGCGAACCGGAUCCAACUCACGGUUUUGAGUUUGUUUGGCGUCUAUCGUAUCUAUUGUUCAAUGCAACCCGAUUCUGGUUCUACCGUCUCAUUGCUGCCUUCAUAGCCAUACCAUUGGCAUUGUUGUGGGCACUGGUAUUUGCUUUCAUCAAUUUGUUCACCAUUUGGUUUCUGACUCCAGCCCUACGAGUGCUCGACAUUAUCCUUCAUUAUGUUCACAGAAUUUGGAGUGGACUUAUCCGUACACUAUUGGAUCCGCUAUUCAGUUCGGGUGCUCUACUAUUCAACAAUAUUCGCACCCGUCGUGAAACUGUAGCCGUGGACACAGUGACCACCGCUUGAUUGGCCGAACCUCGCGUUCUCUCCACGACAUCUCUCAGUAAUCUCAACCAAACA